AUGAGGGAAAUCCUCCACAUCCAAGGGGGCCAAUGCGGGAACCAGAUCGGCGCCAAGUUCUGGGAGGUCGUCUGCGCCGAGCACGGCAUCGACUCGACCGGACGAUACACCGGAGACGCAGAUCUGCAGCUCGAGCGCAUCAAUGUGUACUACAACGAGGCGAGCUGCGGCCGGUUCGUGCCGAGGGCGGUGCUGAUGGAUCUGGAGCCGGGGACGAUGGAUUCGAUCAGAUCCGGGCCGUAUGGCCAGAUCUUUAGGCCCGAUAACUUUGUCUUUGGCCAGUCCGGGGCUGGGAAUAACUGGGCCAAGGGGCACUACACUGAGGGCGCGGAGCUCAUUGAUUCGGUUCUUGAUGUCGUGAGGAAGGAGGCCGAGAAUUGUGAUUGCUUGCAAGGAUUCCAAGUAUGUCACUCCCUUGGAGGUGGAACAGGAUCGGGGAUGGGAACCCUGCUCAUCUCAAAGAUCAGAGAGGAGUACCCUGAUCGUAUGAUGCUCACAUUCUCAGUCUUCCCUUCUCCCAAGGUCUCAGACACGGUGGUGGAGCCUUACAACGCAACCUUAUCAGUUCACCAGCUCGUAGAGAAUGCUGAUGAGUGUAUGGUCCUGGACAAUGAAGCUCUCUAUGACAUCUGCUUCAGGACCCUCAAGCUCACAACGCCCAGCUUUGGAGACUUAAAUCAUCUGAUUUCUGCAACAAUGUCUGGAGUAACCUGCUGCCUCAGGUUCCCUGGUCAGCUGAACUCUGACCUCCGCAAGCUGGCUGUCAACCUCAUCCCUUUCCCUCGUCUUCACUUCUUUAUGGUGGGUUUUGCUCCGUUGACCUCCCGUGGCUCCCAGCAAUACAGAGCUCUGACAGUACCCGAGCUCACUCAACAAAUGUGGGAUGCCAAGAACAUGAUGUGCGCUGCUGACCCAAGACACGGUAGAUACCUAACAGCCUCAGCCAUGUUCAGAGGCAAAAUGAGCACCAAAGAAGUCGAUGAACAGAUGAUCAAUGUCCAGAACAAGAACUCUUCGUACUUUGUUGAGUGGAUUCCUAACAAUGUGAAAUCGACUGUUUGUGAUAUUCCUCCCACUGGGUUGAAAAUGGCUUCGACUUUCAUUGGGAACUCGACUUCGAUUCAGGAGAUGUUCAGGAGGGUAAGUGAGCAGUUCACUGCUAUGUUUAGGAGGAAGGCUUUCUUGCAUUGGUAUACUGGGGAGGGUAUGGAUGAGAUGGAGUUUACCGAGGCUGAGAGUAAUAUGAACGAUUUGGUUUCGGAAUAUCAGCAGUAUCAGGAUGCGACUGCUGAUGAAGAAGAGUAUGAGGAUGAGGAUGUUGGAGAAGAGAUGUAUGAGCAGUGAGUUCCGCCCGCUGCUGCAACUUCCUGUUGCCAGUUUAUGCUCCGAGUAUUAUUACUUCGUAUUUGUUGUUGGAAGUUGUUGUAUGGGCUACAAUUUGCUUGCUCUGUUCUGUUCUGUUCUGUUCUUAGUUUAGGAUAUUGGUAUGUCAUGGGAAUAUAUAUGUUUUGACUUUGGUGUAUGACUUCUUAUUUCUUCUAUUAUGAGUGAGAUGGUUUCUAGUAUGGUUUAUGCUGUUGGAUUGGCA